AUGAACUCAUUUAAAAGACUUUUUAAUCAAAGAUUUGUUAGAAACUUUUCAUCUUUUUCAAUCACACAAGAACAGGUUUUAACUAAAGAUUCAAACAGAAAAAGAGGUAGCCGUUUUGUUAAAUUUUUAUUAUUUACAGCAGUUACCAAAAUUACAUAUGAUUGUACAAACUCGGCAAUGGCCUAUUAUAAGGGUGAAAACUCAACUACAGAAUCAAUUGUUGAUCAAUCAUGGAAUGAAGUUUUAUAUCCAGUAUUCCAAACCGUCAUUCAAGAUAGAGAGGUUAUGAAUGCAUUAGGUCAACAAAUUACACUUUCAUCACCACCACCACAAUCAAAAACACCAAUUGUCGAAUUAAAGAGAGAUUUUAGAUUAAAAUUUGCACCAAUCGAUUUCACUCCAGGUCAAUUUUACGAUCACCAAUGGUUCCUCCAAAAACUUGGUGUUGGAAAUAAACAAGUCAUCGAAUUAGAUAAAUUAACACCAAAAGAAAAAGAACAUCUUAAUAAAGGUAUUUUACAAGAAAUCUAUGAUGAUAUUGUCGAACUCCCAUUAUCUGAACAACUCUCAAAACUCCCAUCACAAUAUCUUCCAUUAUUAGUACCAUACAAAAAUAGAAUUUUCCCAAUUAUUUAUGGCGAAUCAACAUCAGAUAUAGCCAUUCCAAUUCAAGGCCCAAAAGGCAAAGCAAAUAUUUUAUUAAAUUUAUAUGCUAGUGACGAUAAAUGGACUGUAAGAGGUGCCGAAGUAAUCUUUGAAAACGAUAAUUUAAAAAAGAAACAAAUAAUUAAACCAACCUCCGACGAAUUAUAA